CAUGUGUAGGGCCCGGACAACUAAAUUUGUCUAAACUCACUACUCACAGUUUUUCUUUUAGCUGAAGUGCAUAUCUCAUCAGCUACGCUUAUUUGUACCUUACGUUUCACACUCAAUAGCCAACUAUACGUCAUGGCUGCAAUGUAGACCAAAAUGUAGACCACUCAAGUACAGUGUAAAGUUGGCAUGUGUGAAAGUAGGUGUCCGUGCUCUAGCGAAACAUCGUAAACUUAUUUGCUGGUGCACGUUUUGCUGCGCGCGGGGUGUGUCCCGCACGUUCGAACCAUGGAACCGUGUGACGGUUACCCAACUUCGUUGCUAAAGCUUCGAAACAGUCAGGAAGAGUUUGAAAACAAAUUCUAUGCGGCAGGAGGGUGUGAUCGGAAUGCAGUCGUGGCGAGCUACAUUGCCGAAGUGUCGUCUUCCGACGAUCCUUUCACUGUCACCGACCUCGGGACGGACUUGGAAUGGAUCAACACUUCGCGACCUCUGGUGAGCUACGACCUGCGCGGCCGAGUCGUGGUGCUGGACUUCUUCACCUUCUGUUGCAUCAACUGUCAGCAUGUACUGCCCACCGUUAAACUCCUCGAGCAAGAGUUCCCCGUUCAGUCUGGACUUCUGGUGGUCGGGGUCCAUUCGGCAAAGUUUGACCACGAGAAGCAGUUGGGCAACGUCAGCAAAGCCCUAAUGAGGCUUGGCAUCACACAUCCAGUCGUAAAUGACGCCCAUAGCUCUCUCUGGAAGCGCCUGAGGAUCAACUGUUGGCCCACGUUAGUUGUCCUAGGACCUUCAGGACAGGCGCUGCUGUUUCUUGUGGGCGAAGGGGCGACUCAGCUUCUGUUACCAUUUUGCAGGAUGGCAAUGGAACAUUUUCACCCAUCCCCUGUGACUUCUUUGCCAUUGGCCCCAGGUGCCCUUCCCACGGGGCCAUUAUGCUUUCCGGCCAAAGUGUGUGCCACUGAGACAAGACUCAUAAUUGCAGACACUGGCCAUCAUCGCAUUGUCAUCACAAGCCACAGUGGUACGGUGCUUCAGGCGGUUGGAGGAUACGAGCCUGGUUAUCGAGACGGUCCCCUCAAUGGCACCCUGUUCAGUGAACCAAACGGCGUUCACUGGCGGGAUCCUCACUUCAUUCUCGUUGCCGACACUGGGAACCACGCCGUUCGUGAGAUCGACCUUGAGAACGGCACAGUGAGCACAUUGGCUGGGACUGGUAAGCAGGGCCAGGACACAGAGGGAGGCCGCCUCGGACAGCAGCAGGAACUCAACUCCCCCUGGGAUGUCUGUUUAGUCGACAACGUAUUGUUCAUCGCAAUGGCUGGCUCACACCAGAUCUGGGCUUUCUUCUUUGGAGAUGAAGUGCUUUUCGGAAAACAGACUUACAGUAAAGGUACAUGUGCAUGCAUCGCUGGAAGCGGUGCGGAAGGUAACCGAAAUAACAGCUACCCUCUCAGAGCAACAUUCGCCCAGCCAUCAGGACUUUGUUUCCAGCCACCAAGCUCUCUUCACAUUGCUGACAGUGAGAGUUCAUCCAUAAGAUCACUGUCACUGAAGGAUGGCACAGUGAAAAAUAUCGUUGGUGGAGGCCUGGAUCCUACGGACCUGUUCUGCUUUGGGGAUACAGAUGGUGUGGCCCUAAAUGCAAAGCUUCAGCACCCCCUUGGUGUUGCUUGGAGUACUCUCAAGGGAAGACUUUAUGUGGCUGAUAGUUACAACCACAAGGUUAAAGAAGUGUACGUAGAAAAGCGCCUGUGCAAUACCUUAGUAGGAGGUGCAACUGUUGAAGACUCAUCUGGCUUGCAUUCACAGUCAGCAGGUCUCAGUGAACCAGGAGGCCUGUGCAUCUUUGGAAGCAGGAUGUAUGUUGCAGAUACAAAUAAUCAUUGUGUAAAGGUUGUAGACCUUGAUUCGGGUCAUGUUGAUGUGCUCGCAAUUGUUGCUCCUCAAGCUACGGACUGUGAUGGAGUGAACGAGGAAAGUGUCAGUGAAGGGAAGUGCGUGUCCAGAGUGAAACUAUCGCCCGGAGGUCACCUGUGUCUCAGGUUCGAUCCUCCAGUUGGCCUAGCUGUUGGAGCACCGAACCGAUGGAAGGUGCAUUGCAGUCAUCAAGUAUGGACGCAAAAUCCUCUGCCUGCAGGAACACUGGAGCCUGCAACGCAAGCCACUGCCAACUUGACGCUUCAUGAACACUGUGUUGAACAGGAACUGAACAUUCAAGUAACUGUACAAGUUUACGUUUGCAAGGGUGAUGUUUGUGCGCCUCGUUCGUGGAGUUUUUGCGUGACAUUGUCCGUAGACAAUGAUGGUCCGAAAAGCCAAGAAGUUUUCUUUCCGAAAGACGUGUAUGCAUAAAAUCGAAAAAAAAAGUCUGUACACAGUUUCAUACAUAGCAGUAAACCCUUUUAGGGCUACGGAAAAAGUUCGGCCUGUAGAAUGCACAACUCUGUGGGUCUCAUAACCGUGUUGCGUUGUUGUAAGCGCUCGUGUGAUCACUGCAACGGCAUGCGCGUCAAGUGUCGCUACGCUUUAAACGAAAACAUACGCAGUCAAGUGCUAAGAAAUAUAAAACAACAUAAUCACUGCAGUCUAACAGAUUUGUUCAUUCUUAAGACACAAGAACUUCGGAUUUAUUACUCCGCAUAAAACUGAUAAUACCAAUAAUAUCUGG